GAGCCAGAGGCAGUCGAUCUUCGCUCGCUCGCAGUUCGUGGCUUGCGCUCUCGUUCUCUUGUUUCUCGUUCGUGAUUUCCCAUCAGCGCGUCGCUCCUUUUUCAUUUACUCAUCAUGGGCGGGGGAAACCGAUGGAUCAGGCCUGAGAUCUACCCACUGUUUGCAGCCAUGGGAACCGCUGUUGGACUUUGUGGUUUUUGCAUCUUUCGCAAUCUCGCCAUCAAUCCGGACGUCAGAAUUAACAAGGAUGACAGGGCAGCUGGUGUCCUUGAGAACUUCAGCGAAGGCAAGAGCUACAAGGACCACGGCGUGAGAAUGUACGUUGCAAACCGUGCACCGGAAAUCAUGCCCGGCCUCAACAAAUACUUCAGCAGCUCAAAGUGAAGGAGGCUUUCACGAUAUAUUGUCCCGUACAAGUCAGUGAAAUAUGGUUUACUUUGUUUUGUCCUGUUGCUCCAACGAUUAUUAACUAGGCUGGAUGGAAGCGAAGCUUCGAAUCUAAGACUGGUUCACUCUAGCGCGAUCGUAGUUGAUUGAUAUUCGAUAGUGGCUGACUUCGACUAUCGAGUCGAAGAUAUAUCGAACGGCAUUUUCUGCCACUUGUGUAGUAGAGAAUUGCGACAUGGGCAGCUUUGAGGAUUCGAAAUAAUGACCUGUGUGCCGGAAUUUGUGCAUAUUGACCACAUCCUACUCACUGAGUCAGUACCCUUGUUGGGCUUUUAUCAAAGUCAUGAUAUCACUGUGACUUGUGAAGUAAAGAUAUUGUUUUAUGACAACCGUCACCGUCAUGUCAUUCUUCUUUUUUAUAAAACGUGAGACGAUAUCGUGACUUUGCUGA